UAAAAGACGCGGGUAACGCUCGCGAUCGGGAACGAGGAUAGCGGCGAUUAACGAUUAGCCCUCACGUGUUUCCUUUUGCUGUCAAUUGAAGAAAACGAAACCCAAAAAGAUUUUUAAAAGUUAAAAUAAAAAACUCAAUGCUUCAAGAAAUGAAAGAAGUCCACUUCUUUUGUGUAAAAUCAGAUCAGAUAAAUUAGAAGACUGUUUUGCAUUUCGAUUUCCAGUUCCGAUCUCAAUUUCUAACAAAUGAGAAAAUAAUAGGAAGAAGAAAAUAUGACCUCGAAUCCAACGCUUUUGCCCGAGAUCGGACCCGAUGGACUCCCUAGGGAACCUUCUGUCAUUGCCUACACUGAGAAGAUAAUCGAGGAGGAGCGGCUUCAACUCACGAAAUAUAUAGCCGAAAAUUAUUCUAAAAUUCAUGAUAUUGAAAGAGAACUAGCAAAUCUUACAAUGGAGAUGAAACUCACUGCUGGGCCUAAAAAAGCAGCCCUCGAACAUAUGAGAAAGAAAAUUGAAAUGUCAACUGAGAGAAUACGCAUUGCCAAGGAGAAGGAAGAACAAGCCCGGAAGGCUUGGGAAUCAGCAUCAAAAGCUCUGCAUGAUGAGGAAGCAAUUAAGCAGAAGCUAUGUGAGGACUUGAACAAUCUGGUUCAAGAAAGCAGUAACUCUCAAUUUGCUCGGCUUGAGGAGUUGAAAAGGCGAUUGGAAGCUCUGAACCCAAGUAAAAAAUCCACUUUUUCUGAUCAUGACAUGAAAGCAAUUGGAUUGACACAACAUGCUGCAACCAUAGGCGUGUCCUCAGUUCCACAAACAACAGAAUCGGGCUCUACUGUUUCCACAAGGGUACCUCAUCAAGGAAAUGGUGGGAAUGUUCAAGUUAUGAAUGGGCAGAAUCAACUUGCUACUAAUGAUGGAGAAGUAAAAGGAAAGAAGAAAAACACUUUUCAUGGAAGAGGAAAGGGGAUUGGUGCGGUGCCCAAGAGCAGAGGAUCUGCAGCACCUGGUUGGACAGGAGCUGGGUUUGAUGUGGAUGCUAGAACUUAGAAGCAUUUUUCUGGAUUUUCUCUUUUCUUUGCUGAAGGAUCAAGGCAACAAUCAGUGUUUUCUCAUGUUGUAGGGUAUCACCAGUCUUUCUUCCCCUUUGUUUUUUUGAUCUUUACCUUGUAUUCUUUCAAUUGCUUAUAGCUUGUUGAUAUGAAUGUGGCAUUUGACUUUAUGUCAUUAGUAUUGUCUUCAAGCAGGAAAUUAUUUAGAAACAGAUAUAGAAUUAGAAACUCAUAUCUUCAAAAAAAAUAAUAGAAAAGGAAACCUUUUGUGUGAA